AUUUACCAUUGACCUAACCAUCUUUUCACCUCAGACAAGAUUAUUUUACUUCAAGUCGAUCGCAUAUUCGACUGCUUUCCAUUCUAUCUAAAUCCUCUUAUUCUCUCAUAGUAUCCCUCCAUCAGGUGUGGCUCACAUUACCGUGGUGAAUCCUCCGGCGUCCAAGACGCAAUGGAGAUUCACGUCACAAACGUGCCAGUCCAGACUGGAGAGCACGAUCUUCGAAAAUUUCUUAAGCCUAAGAUCGAUGCUCUUGCCAUUCAUGCCUUUCAUUGUCACACUGCUCGAACCAAGGACUUUGGGAAAAUCACCUUUCGUACUGCCACAGAUGGUGAGAAGUUUUUAAGACGAUAUGGAGAGAAAAGACCAAACAACAAGCAACAAAACUUCCUGGUUUCUCAUCCAAAGCUUGUUUUCCACAGCAGGCCGAUUUACUGUGAAAAGAGCAAGUUCCCUGCGAAUCCGUAUUUACUUCGAUGUCUGGAGAGGGAGGAAAAACAACGUAUCGAAAAUUCAUUUCUUCAACAUGGUCCACCAACCGCUAACACUUCGUUUGAAUGCACUGCAAUUAUGUGUGGCAAUUGGAAUUAUGUGAAAGAGGAUUUGGUUUUCGUGGAGGAGAAAAAGUGGCAAGGCAAUUUCACUGUCCACUUCAAGGAGAGGGCCAUGAUACUGAUUCUCGACUACGGAUGGCGAAUGGUCAUUCGGUACGAUACAAUUGAACUUCUCACCACGGAUGAUGGCCAUAACUCAGCAAUCACUGCCACACUCCAUCAACCUCCUCACUUCUUUGAAGAUCCCCCGAAAGAAGAUUUCUCUGGGAUUACAAAUAUGUUUCGCACAAUGAAUCUCGGAAACGGCAACAACCACCCUCCAAAAAGAUCUCGCAUUGCUGCGUUUGACGAGGAGCACAGAGGUAUUGCGGGCAGCUCUCUUGUGUAUCGUUGCACAUUGAAGGGCAUAGGUGGAUUUUCUCCCGAUGUUGAAAAAAAGUUGGAAUCGUUGAAGAAUGCUCGAGGAAUUCCAUCGAUGAUUCAUCAUCCCGUUGCGGUCACUCAACCCACCGAAUCUCACAUUGUGGGACUUACGAGGCUUCAAGCGGCCUUGGGCAGUUUCAAUAAUAGCCUACCGUUUCCCUUGACUUUUCAGGUCCAAAAACUAGCCCGAAAUGGAUUCCUCUCUCCUCGCCAAGUUAUUGAUCUUCUACCAACCUUCACCUUGAUGUUCGAACGAUCUAGUCUUCCAAUUUGUGUCGCAGCUACAAGGAGACUCUUCCAUCAGCUUCCAUUCCCAGGACCUAAUGUCAAGGCGGAAGAUUUUGACAAAAACGCUAUUGUUAAGCUGCUUUUGAAAAAUGAGAAGCUUUCAACGCAAGAGGCUCUCUACGCGGAGGAUUUUGGAGGAACUGCCUCUCAGAACACUGCUCUAGUUCAUCGAGUUACCAUCACUCCUGCUGGAUUUUAUCUUGAAGGCCCUGAGGCUGAGAGUAACAAUCGUAUUCUCCGGAAAUAUGCAGGUAAGUACUAUUCUGCUUACGUCUUAUGUCUUACCUCUACCCACCUUAAAGCCGCCCCUUCUUCUAAAUUUCUCACCAGAAUACUGACAACUGAAUAAUCGUCUAGGUAGUCAUGGUAAUUUUUUACGUGUGAAUUUCUGCGACGAAGAUGGUGGUAGAAUCCAGUAUGCUCCAAAUGUUGCCAACGAUGAGAUUUUCGAUGGAGUAUUUAAGAAUAUCCUACGAAAUGGAUUUUCAAUCGCAAGCCAAAAGUACGAAUAUUUAGGAUCAUCACAUUCUUCUCUCCGAACACAAUCUUGUUGGUUCGUAGCACCAUUCUUCAACGGAGAGGGAUAUCACGAUGCCCAGCACAUCAUUCAUGACCUAGGUAAUUUUACAGCAAUUCGCUCUCCAGCCAAAUGUGCAGCACGAAUUGGGCAGGCAUUCUCUGAUACACCAAACGCCAUUACUCUUGAUAAGAGAACUGUUACAAUAGAAAGAAUUCCUGACGUCGAACGCAAUGGCAGAGUUUUCAGUGAUGGAGUGGGAACAAUGUCAGAGCCCUUGAUGCACAAAAUAUGGGAAAAGCUACCGAACAAAAAAUUUGUAAAGCCGACAUGUUUCCAAAUUAGAUAUCAAGGUUAGUUUGAAAUCAUUCAAGAUCCAUGAUCUAGUUCCUCGAUGUUUUUCGAUUUUACAAGGGAUAAUAAUGCCGUUCAUAACAUAACAAAGCUUACCAUUCAUUACAGGUGCCAAAGGUAUGAUUUCUUUGGACACCCGUCUCCCCGGAGAUCAUUUACGGCUCAGGGAGUCGAUGAUCAAGUUUGACGGAUCGAUUUCGAAUGACCUUGAAAUAUGUGGGGGUGCAUACAAACCACUUUCUAUGUAUCUUAACCGACAAUUUAUCAAGAUUCUGGAAGACUUAGGAGUCGAACCGGAAUACUUUAUGAAGCUCCAAGAAAAGGAAGUAACACGAUUGAGAGCAAUUACGGCUAAUACAUAUAAUGCGUCGACAUUUCUUGAAAGGAAGAGAGUUGGUGAUGUCGCUCUCCUUCCGUAUCUAAUCGAGCACUGUUCUUAUUUAGACCUUGACUUUAGAAACGACGUAUUCUUGCGUGAUGUUCUCGAGAUGGCAGUAUUGAUAGAGCUUCGCACUCUAAAGCAUAAAGCUAGGAUACCCGUCGAAAAGGGCUUCCAUUUGCACGGCAUAAUGGACGAGACUGGGAUUUUGAAAGAAGGCGAAAUAUAUUGCUGCUGGCUUGAGGAUGGGAAGCGCACCACUCUGGUGCAAUCGAGUGUUGUUAUUACUCGUGCUCCGGCUCUUCAUCCUGGAGACGUUCAAUUGGUGAAUGCCGUGGAUGUUCCAAGUAACUCCCCGCUGAAGAGGCUCCACAACUGCAUUUGCUUCAGUCAGAAAGGAGCUCGCGAUCUACCAAGCCAGCUAUCAGGUGGUGAUCUAGACGGCGAUCUCUAUUAUGUCAUGUUUGAUCCAGAAAUGAAGUUGAAAAAGACUGUAAUACCCGCUGAUUACCCACGAUUACCACCUCUCGACAUCGGCCGUUCAGUGACACAACAAGACAUGGCUGAUAACUUCUUGACUUUCAUGAAGACAGAUCAGCUUGGUGUUAUAUCCAAUAGACAUCAAGUCUAUGCAGAUCAAAAUGAGAUGGGAACUCAAUGUCGCCAAUGUCUUAUUUUGGCGGAGCUUUGCUCAACUGCGGUGGAUUUCUCCAAAACGGGAAUAGCGGUAUGGUGAUCUUCUUAUACUGAACUUAGAUACCCCACUGACCUGUAAACCUCUUUAGCCUGAUAUAUAUCAUCCAAGUGUGCCCAAAAGUACUCUUUGGCGUCCUGAUUUCAUGGCUCCAGGACCUCAUAUCAAGAUUUCGAACCGUCCUACUGAUCGUCUAGAACUUGCAAAGGAGUAUGCUCCAAUAGAAGCAAUGGAUGAAGAAGACGAGGUCUCGAAUAUCAAGUAUUAUGAAAGUCAAAAAACUUGUGGAAUGCUUUACCGUGCAAUCGAUGAGCGACAAGUCUUUGAAGAUAUUCAAAGGCUGGACAUGCAAGCCAAUGAUAGCCCAGAUGUUAUGCAGCACGUUUUGGAAUUCGUCAAAUCUCGUUCUCAGGGAAUCCUCUGGCAGCAUCUGCGCAAUGAUGCGAUGGAAAUUCAGGACAUGUAAGCUCGGGUGUUGUCUACUUUACAAUUGGCGAAACUAAUGGUAAUGCAGAUACGAAAGCAAUAUGCUAGACAUAAUGCAUCAUUACAGCGAGCAUCCGAGCCGUCCAGUCAGCGAGCGAGAGGUAUUUGUUGGCAACAUCCUCGGAAAGGCUGGGUCGGUAAGCAAAAAGCAAAGAGAGCUCUGUACCAGCAUGAAAGAGAAAUACGAUGAAAUUGCAGCAUUCAUCAUUAAUUGCAUAAUCAAGGUCAAUGAUGACUAUUCAGAGGAAGCCCUUGAGCGCAGCAUUGCAUGUUUUGCCGUUUCUUUGGACGAUAGGGAGCCAAGAAGCACCCGGGAUGAGCCUUUAAAAAGCUUCAGAUAUUUAGCUGCUGGUGUUUGCUUGAGGGAGAUGGAGAGAGUACCUGGUCUCCUCCCAUAUAGCUGGCAGGGUUAGAAGAAUUGGUUGGUCUUCAUGUUCGUGGCUAUUUCCUACAAGAUUUUCCUGGCAGAUAAGAGCUAUUUCUCGCAAUCACCGAAGGAUGAGGAGGUGGGCGAUUCUAUUGAAUCCGUUCUAAUAGAUAGGGGGAGCUCAACUUUAUACCAAGAUUAUUAUCCUUGGCAAUAUCUGUUGAGAUUUCGCUGGAUCACCAGAUCUCUGUUCAGUGGUUAUUAGGUUAUAGCUAGAUUAGCUCCAGAAUUAAAGAAUUACCCUCGC